GUCACUUUUGCGACGGCACUGUACUGACGGCUGUCAUAAUUCACAUUAAUAACACGUGAGGUUAUUUUGAAAUUACGUGAUGUUUAAUUGAAGUUAAUAUAAAGUUUUAAUAUGGCAGACGAAAAUGUGUUUGAUAAAAAGAAGUCGCACCGAGCUAAGCAAGCUGGGCGCAAAGCAGAGAAGAAGAAAAAUAAGAACAAAGUUGAUCAAUCUAACCUAAGUGCUCGGCAGAGAAAUCCUAAAGCUUUUGCUAUCCAGUCUGCUGUAAGAGCCGAGAGACAGUUCCGCAGACGAGAAGAUGUUAUUGCGAAGAAGCAACAUAUUCCUCAAGUGGAUAAAACUCCGUUGGAGCCUCCGCCCAUCGUCGUGGCGAUUGUUGGACCACCCCGAGUCGGUAAAACAACACUCAUCAAUAAUUUGAUAAAGAGCUUUAUAAAAACCAAUGUGACGAACACGAACGGUCCUAUAACAAUUGUGACAUCGAAGAAGCGCCGCAUUACGCUAAUAGAAUGUAAUAACGACGUAAAUUCUAUGAUCGACAUCGCGAAAUGUGCUGAUUUGGUGUUGUUACUGUGUGACGCCAGCUUCGGUUUUGAGAUGGAGAUAUUUGAGUUCCUCAACAUCUGUCAGGUGCACGGUAUGCCUAAAAUUAUGGGUGUACUAACUCAUCUCGAUAUGAUAAAGAAUGCUAAAACAUUGAAGACUACAAAGAAGACCCUGAAACAUAGGUUUUGGACUGAAGUGUACGCUGGAGCCAAGUUGUUCUACCUGUCUGGUAUUAUACACGGGGAAUACUUGAGGAAUGAAAUAAAGAAUUUAUCUAGGUUCAUUUCUGUGAUGAAGUUCAGGCCUUUGAGUUGGAGGAUGACCCAUGCUUAUGUGCUGGCUGACCGGCUGGAAGAUAUCACUAGUCAGGAGUUGAUCAGGAAGGAUGCUAAGGUGAAUAGAGAUGUGGUGUUGUAUGGGUAUGUGAGAGGAGUACCACUCAUGAAAGAGUCUUCUGUUCAUAUUGCAGGUGUUGGCGACAUGAAAAUCAGUGAGCUAUCCUACCUACCAGACCCAUGUCCUCUCCCCAGCAGUGAGAAAAAGCGACAUCUCAUGGAGCGAGAGAGACAGAUCUAUGCACCUUUUUCGGGAGUUGGAGGCAUUGUCUAUGAUAAAGAUGCUGUUUACAUUGAGCUACAAGGCUCUCAUUCACAUAAGAAGGAAGAUGAAGAAACAAAUGAGAAGAAAGCUCUACUCAAGAAUGUUGUAGAAACCAAGGAGACUGUUGAUGAACAGAUGCAAGAGUCAGGGUUCCAACUGUUCAGUGGUGGUGCAGUCAUCUACCCAGACAUGGUCAAAGAUGACGAAUAUUUACAACAAAACAAAAAAGCAGAGUCAGAUUCUUCUGAUUCAGAAGAUGAGGGUAAUGACAGCGACAAUGACAGUGGAAUAGAUGAAAAGAAAGAGAAAAAGAAUAAACUCCCAUGGGAUAAUGACAAUUCAGAUGCAGGUUCUGAUGAUGAGGGCGAUGAUAAUGAUGAUGAUAAUGAUGAUGGUGAAGAAAUGAGUGUUGAUGGAGAUGAUAAAGAUAAAGGUGACAUGAGUGAUGAUGACAGUGAUUCAGAUGAUGAGCCUCAGAACGAUUUUGGUAUGAAAUGGAAGGAAAAGUUAGGACAAAAAGCCACAGAAGCUUACCUACAGCGACAAAAGACAUCAAAGAACAUCAUGAAGCUGGUUUAUGGUGACUUUGAAAUAGGAAACAAGGGUAAAAAGAAAGAUGAAGAGUCUGAAUCAGAAGAAGAAGACAAACCAAAUCUAAGGGAUUGGACUAGUGACACAAACAAACAAUAUUUGAUCAACAGCUUUGUAACUGGUAAACGGUCUGCUGAUGAGGAUGCAUCAGAACUAUUGAAAUUAGAUGAUGCGAGUGAUGGUGAGGAUGAAGAACUAUAUGGUGAUUUUGAAGAUUUAGAAACUGGAGAAAAACACAAAGCAGAGGAAGAUACAGAGACUACUGCUGAACCCGGAUCAAAGAGGAAAGCAGAACCAACCAAAUCUGAAAUAUUGGACAAAAAGUUAAAGUUGAAGGCUAAGUUUGAUUCAGAGUAUGACAACCCUGACGAUCACAGGAUAAAAGGAGACCACUCCUACUAUGAAAACUUGAAAGCAGAAGCUUUGAAGCAAUCAGAAUUGAAUAAAUCAGUGUUUGACAACUUAGAUAAUGGAUUGAGGGUAGAAGUGGAAGGUUUCAGGCCCGGGCUGUAUGUCAGAAUGUUAUUCAAGAACAUGCCUUCAGAGUUUGUGACGAACUUUGACUCAAGCUAUCCAAUACUGAUUGGAGCACUCAACAUGGCUGAGCAGAACAUAGGUUUUGUAUCCUGUAAAGUGAAGAAACACAGAUGGUACAAGAAGAUAUUGAAGACCAAUGAUCCUCUUAUCAUCUCGCUGGGGUGGCGACGCUUCCAAACUUUACCCAUCUACUCUAAGAUCGAAGAUGAUAUGAAAUGCAGGUAUUUGAAGUAUACGCCUGAACAUGUCACAUGUAACAUGCACUUUUAUGGUCCCAUCACACCACAGAACACAGGUUUCCUUGCAUUACAAAGUGUCAACAACAAUCCAAAUGAAAUCAAACAAGUUGGGUUCCGGAUAGCUGCUACUGGUAGUGUUAAUGAAAUUAACAAGUCUACCCAAAUAGUAAAGAAGUUGAAAUUAAUUGGUACUCCUUUAAAGAUAUACAAGAAGACAGCUUUCAUCAAGGAUAUGUUCACAACUACUUUAGAGGUUGCGAAGUUUGAAGGCGCACGAGUGAAAACCGUGUCGGGUAUCAGAGGGCAGAUCAAGAAAGCGCUGAACAAGCCGGAAGGAGCAUUCCGUGCGACCUUCGAAGAUAAAAUCUUGAUGAGUGACAUUGUGUUCUGUCGUACAUGGUACAAAGUGGACGUGACGAAGUUCUAUGCGCCUGUCGUUAACUUACUACUGCCUGUGGGUGCUAAGAACGCCUGGCAAGGAAUGAAGACUAAAGGACAACUUAAGAGGGAGAAGAAUAUCAAGAACGAUGCUAACCUCGAUUCACUGUAUACUGAAGUUAACAGGGCGCCUAAAGUGUUCAAGCCUUUGGUUAUACCUAAAAACCUGCAGAAAGGAUUGCCAUAUAGGUUCAAACCUAAAGAGAAGUCAACUACAUUGUCUGGAACGAAUCCUAAGGAUAAGUUCAAGAACAGGAUAGCCGUGAUCAAGAACCCUGAAGAACAGAAGAUCUCGAAUGUUAUGAAGAUGUUGAAAACUAAUUACGAGAAGAAAAAGGAAGUGCAGAAGGCAGCGACUGCACUUCGCCUGGAAAAGCAUAAAAAGCAGCUGGAAGAAGAGGAGUGGCGUAAACUGAAGCGACAGAAAGAAUUGAAGAAGAAAAUCUGUAGACAUUUAAGUAAAACUGGCAAUAAAAAUAAAACUCAAAUGUAA